CUCUGCAUCAGGUUCGCGUCUGACCUCAUUGCAGAUCAGGGAAAUACUUUGAUACAAACACCGAAGACAGAGUUAUUUGUGACAGGGACAGGGAUAUAGGGGUAUUAUAUUUAAAGACUGCUGCUGGACUUUUUCGAAGGAUAUAAAGCAGGUUCACGAUGCCAAAGUAUUUUUGCGAUUAUUGUGAUGUAUUUCUCACACACGACUCGAUCAGCGUGCGAAGGGCGCACAACAGUGGACGGAAUCAUAUAAAGAACGUGGUUGAUUACUAUCAACAAAUAAGUCAAGAGCAAGCACAAGCGAUUAUAGAGAACAUGAACAGCACAACACCAAAGCCCCUGCCAUACAAAUUCCCAAACCAUGUCACUCUUCCAUCAGCAACUCCAGCACAAGGAAUGCCUCCCCUGGGGAUGCCGGGAAUACCAGGGAUGCCUCCGAUCCCCCCACCAGCAGGGCUUCCCGCCCUUCCUGGAGGAUUACCAGUUCCUCCUCCAGGAAUGCUCCCUUUCCCCCCACCGCCUGGCGGCCUACCGGCAGGCUUCCCCAUGCCGCCUACUCUCCCUGGUGCCUUACCUCUACCAGGAAUGCCGGGAAUGCCGGGAAUGCCACAAAUGGCAGGCAGACCCGGUCUUCCAGGGUUUCCUGGUAUGCUCCCGCCUGGUGCCCCUGGCGUCAUCCCAGGAGGUCUUGCCCCACCCCCGCCACCUGGGUUCGCUGCUCCUGGCGCUCUUGGAACUGGUCCUGGCGCUGCUCCGUUUGCAGCGUUUCCUCAACCGCCUGGAUUUGCUAUGCAGGCAGCACCGGGUUUUGCUGGUAGCGGGGCACCUGGAGUUGGAGGUGGUGCGCCUGGCAUGUCUGGGCCACCUGGAGUGGUUGACAGUUCGCAGAACAAGCGAUAAAAAAAAAGAUGCACGCGUUUGGAAAAGAUGACGAGUCGGGAGAGGGUUUUUACGACGCAGUUUAUUCCGUUCUUGGAGUGGAAAGGAUAUGCUUGAGAA